UAGCCUAAGGUACCUACCUAGAUCAAGGCACCAGGUCUUCCUUAGUCUUCGAAUCGCAUCGCUAUACCCGACUUGACUUCCUUUCUCCAUAGCCCCCUCGAGAGAAUAGUCACUACUAUCGCCAUCCACGAUGUCGGCGCCGCUCGUGUUCAAAGGUCGGGAGGUCGCGAUGACGCAAAACGAGCUCGCCGCUUCCUCGGCCGCAGCGUAAGUCAUCGGCGCCUUCUACGCUUUCUGGUUCACGCUAAAUCGUCGACAGCAAAGUCAACAGUGCCGAAAGUGAGGAUGAGAACGAGCCAAUCCCGAAGGUUGAGUCCGACUUUGCCGAGCCGGCUGGUGCCCCCGAGAAGUCGGCCGGCAGAAAGCGCCAGUCUAGUCAACCUGCCGCCAGCAAAGCUAGCAAAAGACGCAAGCGGCUUGAGGGCCAAGAGCCUCUGGCUGAGUCCUCCCAGAGUGUCCAAGCCUCGAUUGAGAACCAGUUGUCAUCUCAGUAUGCCACGCCUGAGACCGCUUCACCGGCCGGCCGACAUGCUACCAGGACUGGCAAGCCCAAGAAAGCCGCGCCUGCCGCAAAUAAAGCGCUUCCCCUCGAUGCGUCCGACUCUGAUGAGAGAGGUCGCCCCAACGACCAUGGUUCUAGCGAUACUGAGAGAGACGAUGCUUCCCCCCCGCCGGUUCAAGCUCCUAAGAAGCGUGGUCGUCCCAGAAAGGCUCUCAAUGCUGUCUCGGCCAAGUCCAAGAAACCGGCUGGUAAACCGGUCCCAGCUGAACCAGUCACCAAGGCCACGACCCUUCGUCGAUCUACCCGUGCUUCUACCAUAGAGAAAGCAGUUCCGGAGAAGAAAAAGAAGGCUGCGACUACCCAUGGUCGAGGCGUUGCUCGCCCGAAGAAAACUACCAAAAAUAGUCCCGCUAAGGGUGUCUCGGAUUCUCCUACUUACUCCGAGGAGUUUUACGACGUCGAGAAGAUUGUUGGCGCACGCGUUGACCCAAAGACCAAGAUGCAGAUGUACAUGGUGAAGUGG